UCCUGAGUGGAGAGGUUGCGUGACUUUGAGAAAAGUUCAAUUGUUUGUUUUUAAGAUAACAACUAAACUAUGCAAAAUUAUUUGAACUGCUGUCAAAAUGCUCGUGUUAUUUGAGACCGCCGCUGGAUAUGCAAUAUUCAAAGUGCUUGACGAAUCCAAGCUACAACAAGUCGACAGCUUGUGGAAGGAAUUUGAAACUCCUGAAAAGGCAAACAAAGUUGUGAAGUUGAAGCACUUUGAGAAGUUUCAGGACACAACUGAAGCCUUGGCAGCUGCCACUGCCCUUGUUGAGGGAAAAAUUGGCAAGAGUUUGAAGAAAGUCCUGAAGAAGGUCGUUGCCAAGGAGGCUCAUGAGCAGCUGGCCAUCAGUGAUGCAAAACUCGGUGGCGUUAUCAAAGACAAGCUGAACCUGAGCUGUGUCCACAGCGCUGCUGUGGCUGAGCUGAUGAGAGGCAUUAGGAACCAAAUGGAGAGCCUCAUUACUGGUCUUCCGUCCAGAGAGUUCGCUGCCAUGUCACUGGGACUUGCUCACAGUUUAUCUCGUUACAAGCUAAAGUUCAGUCCAGACAAAGUGGACACUAUGAUCGUGCAGGCCAUCUCUCUUCUGGAUGACCUGGAUAAGGAGCUUAACAACUACAUUAUGCGCUGCAGAGAGUGGUAUGGCUGGCACUUCCCUGAGCUGGGAAAAAUCAUCACUGACAAUCUGGCCUACUGCAAAACUGUCCAUAAAAUAGGUGAUCGCACAAAUGUGGCAAGCUCGGAUCUGUCAGAUGUCCUUCCCGAGGAAGUGGAGGCAGAAGUUAAACUGGCUGCUGAGAUCUCCAUGGGAACCGAAGUUUCGGAAGAGGAUAUUAGCAAUAUUAUGCACCUGUGUGAUCAGGUGAUUGAGAUUUCAGAAUAUCGGGCUCAGCUGUACGACUACCUGAAGAACAGAAUGAUGGCAAUUGCUCCCAACCUGACUAUAAUGGUGGGGGAGCUGGUUGGUGCCCGUCUCAUUUCACAUGCUGGUUCUCUCUUGAAUCUCGCCAAACAUCCGGCCUCCACAGUGCAAAUUCUUGGAGCGGAGAAAGCUCUGUUUAGAGCACUGAAGACCCGUAAAGACACACCCAAGUAUGGCCUCAUCUACCACGCCUCUCUGGUGGGCCAGACCACAGCCAAGAAUAAGGGCAAGAUAUCCAGGAUGCUUGCAGCUAAAGCAGCCCUGGCUAUUCGCUACGAUGCGCUUGGAGAGGACACAAAUGCAGAAAUGGGAGCAGAAAACCGUGCAAAGCUGGAGGCCAGACUGCGACACCUGGAGGAGAAAGGUAUCAGAAGAAUCAGUGGAACUGGCAAAGCGAUGGCCAGGGCAGACAAAUACCAGCAUAAGAGUGAGAUCAAAAUGUACGACCCGUCUGGUGAUUCUACAAUCCCUUCUACUUCCACAAAGAAAAGGAAGUAUGAGGAAGUGGAGAAGGAAGAAGUUGGUGAAGAAUUUGUCACACCUGUUGUCAAAAAACUUAAAAAGCCCAAAACACAAGUAGAAGAAGAAGGAGAAGAAGCAGGCACAUCAGCGGCAGCAGAAGAGACGCCUAAGAAAAAGAAGAAAAAGGACAAGAAAGCUGAAGAUGUUCCCCAGGAGCCAGAGGAGGACGUGGUGGUAGUGGAGUCACCAGAAAAAAAGAAAAAGAAGAAAAAAAAGAAGAUAAAGGAAGAAGAGGACUGAAAAAUGUUUUGUGUAAAUAUUUUAGUUUUUAAACAUUUUAGUUUUGUCUUAUAAAGAAAGUACUUUAUUUCCAGAGUGACUGUUUUUGGACAGUGUAAAUGUACCCCGGAGAAUAAAACAAAUCCUCAGCUGUU